AAAUGUCAGUGUCAACUGUCAAGCGGUAAAUAAUUUUGGUAUUUUGGAGUGUCAGUGGUACAGCUGAUAUAUACUCUUUGCAGCUGAUUCUUAGAUUUGUUAUUAGUAUUUCUUUGUUUUAUAUUUGUAAAUAAAUAAAAGUAUAUAAGGAAGAUGGUUGAUGAUUUAAGAAAAUUUCUAAACCAUUUACUUGAAAAAGUUAAUGGUUUACAUUGUAUAUUAAUCACUGAUCGUGAUGGAGUCCCUGUAGUCAGGUCAGUAACAGAAAAAGCCCCUCAAUUAGCUUUGCGGCCGAAUUUUAUUUCCACAUUCGGCAUGGCGACUGAUCAAGCAAGUAAACUUGGGCUUGGGAAAAACAAAACUAUCAUAUCUAUGUACUCCAGUUACCAGGUAAUACAAAUGAAUAAGCUGCCAUUAGUGAUAACAUUCAUUGGUAGUGAUAAUUGUAACACAGGACAUAUAUUGGCAUUGGAAAGUCAAAUAGAUCCAUUCCUUAAGGAUCUGGGAACAAUUGUGGCCGAUGCUCCAUGAGUUUAAAUAAAUACACGAUGUUUCUAUAUUAAUUAAAUUUAUACAAUGACUGCAAUAUAUAUAAAGGAAGUCUAGAUUCAUUUAUUCUUUUAUACUCUUAAAGUUAAUAUGUAAAGUAUGUAUAAACAUAAAAUAAAGUUAUAGAUAUGGGCGUUGGUGCAUGCAUUAUGAAGAAGCUACUAAAUACUCUAUUAAGUUUUUUACUUUCUUAGAUACUAGGCAAAAUUUGCAGUAUCAUUACGACACAUUAAGAAACUCGUAACUUUUUUUUACUUGUUGCAAUUAAAUCAUAGUAAAUAGUGUCUAAGAAAUGGGUUUUGUAUCGUUUCCUUGAUAUAGAAAUAAAAAUAUACUAACACCAAUAAGGUAGGUGUGUGUUGCUUAAGUGUAAAUAAAUAUAAUGUAAAUACUCUA